UGUUCCUCCGCCGCGGCCCCUGCUCUAAACGGCGCGGCUCCUCGGGACGCCGCAUGGCACAUGGGCUGCGGAGCGCCGGGGAAGCCCCGCCGCCCCGCCCGGCCCCGCCGCUCCGCCCGGCCCGGCCCCGGGAGGGCCCUCCGCGGAGGGCGUGGGGCUCCGGCGCUGCCGGCGAGCAGGUGACACCGCGGGCUGCCCUGCGCCGUGUGCGCGGCAUGUGCGCGCCCGUGUAGCGCGGGCUGCCCCCAUGGGCAGCGGCGCCGGCUCUUUCCUCUGCCCCCCGUCUCUGGAAGUCCGGGCAGGAAACGCUCCUCAUGUCUCCCAGAUAAAAAUAAAAGCGACUCCCUCCUCCCGGCCGCAGAGUGUCCCCGAGCUCGGCCAGACGCGGGGCUGAGCCGGCCCCGCCGCCCGGCAGCGCCUCUCCCCCGCCGCCCCGGAGCGCCGGGCAGCGCCGCCGCCCGCCCUAUGGAUAUCGCAACAGGUCCCGAGUCCUUGGAAAGGUGUUUUACGCGGGGCCAGUCGGACUGCUCAAAGAUGCUGGACGGUAUUAAAAUGGAAGACCACCCUCUGCGCUCGGGUCCGGCGACGUUAGGAGUGCUGCUGGGGUCGGACUGCCAGCACCAGGCCGUGUGCGAGGGCUGCCAGCGGCCCAUCUCGGACCGGUUUCUGAUGCGGGUGAACGAGUCCUCCUGGCACGAGGAGUGCCUGCAGUGCGCGGCGUGUCAGCAAGCCCUCACCACCAGCUGCUACUUCCGGGACCGAAAGCUCUACUGCAAGCAGGACUACCAACAGCUAUUUGCUGCUAAGUGCAGUGGCUGCAUGGAAAAGAUCGCCCCAACAGAAUUCGUGAUGAGAGCCCUGGAGUGCGUUUACCACUUAAGCUGUUUCUGCUGCUGCGUUUGCGAACGACAGCUGAGGAAAGGGGACGAGUUUGUUCUUAAGGAAGGGCAAUUGCUCUGCAAAAGUGACUAUGAAAAAGAGAAAGACUUGUUGAGCUCGGUCAGCCCAGACGACUCAGACUCAGUUAAAAGUGAUGAUGAAGAUGGAGAUGUGAAGCCCACCAAAGGACAAGUAACCCAAGGAAAAGGAAGCGAUGAUGGGAAGGACCCAAGACGACCUAAACGACCAAGGACAAUACUUACUACGCAGCAGAGACGAGCAUUCAAAGCGUCCUUCGAAGUGUCUUCCAAGCCCUGUAGGAAGGUCAGAGAAACACUAGCAGCUGAAACAGGACUCAGUGUGCGAGUUGUCCAGGUCUGGUUUCAAAACCAAAGAGCAAAGAUGAAAAAACUAGCACGAAGGCAUCAGCAGCAGCAAGAGCAACAAAACUCACAGCGACUAGGGCAAGAAGUAAUGUCCAACCGAAUGGAAGGGAUGAUGACGUCUUACACACCACUUGCACCACCACAGCAGCAGAUUGUAGCAAUGGAUCAAAGCAGUUAUGGCACAGACCCGUUUCAGCAGGGUCUUACCCCUCCACAAAUGCCAGGCGACCACAUGAACCCUUAUGGAAACGACUCCAUUUUUCAUGAUAUCGACAGUGAUACCUCUUUAACUAGCUUGAGCGACUGUUUUCUUGCCUCUUCCGAAGUUAACUCCAUGCAGGCUAGAGUAGGAAACCCCAUUGACAGGCUGUACUCUAUGCAGAGCUCGUAUUUCGCCUCAUGAAAAUAAAAGAAAACAAACAGCCGGCGUAUAUUUAGCCAGUGACUUUUUCCAGUGCAGACUCUACAGCCAUAUGUUGCCCAGCUCUUCCUUCACAGUGACUCCUGCUGCCUCUGGACUGCAAAGAGCAUUUUUAGGAAGACUGUAUCUGUGUGCAUAUAUGUGUAUGUAUGUAUACGCAUAUUAAUACCUACCUACAUACAUACAUACAUAUAUAAACAAAACACAUCCACCAGUCCCAUACCCUUGAUCCCCAGCUUGCACCAGACCACGAGACAAGCGCGGAAGGAACAGAAGACCCUGCUCUUCAGCAGCCUUUGGUUUGGUUUGGUUUGAGCUCAUUGUCGUAAAGGAAAUGGAUUUUGCGGAAAGCUAGACCUUUUCCUCCUUUCUCUCUUCCUUUCUUUUGGAUGUUUAAACUUUUUUUUUUUUUUUUUAAAGCCACUGAUACUGACAUCAGUCGACCAUAUGACAAAUAAAUCAAAGAAACUGGAGAUUCCUCCCUUUUCUUACUGCAUGAGUCAUACUAUGUUGUGGAUAAAUUGCCAUUUGAACUGUGAGAAGUUAAUGUAAAUGUGACGUUCAACAUUUGUUUCCUUUCUACACUUUUUCUACAUAACCUAGAUCUGCUCAUUAGUUUAUAGCCCUUAUGCAUAUGAUACUGAGGAAACUGGUUAACAGUAAUAUUUGUGGAGAAAGACAGUGAUUUCAUAAGAAGAAAGGUCUAUGACCCUGGAGAGGAGAUGCAUGUUAGGGACAGAGGCAUUUAGGUUAGUAUUGAUCUUAAAUAAUUAAAACUAAAGGUGCUUACAAGACAGAGUUUUAUUUAAUUUUUUUGAAGUGUGAGAAUAAAACAUUUACAUUUGUAAGUAUUGCAGUGCCAAAUUUCAAGUCUAGACCAUGAUUGGCAAACAUGUGUUGUUCAUUCUGUUCUGUUUGUUUAUGUUUUGCAUGAGGCAUAAAUGUGCUAUGCUCCAUUGUCCAUCUGGAAUAAUUAAGCACUCCUUUAGUUAAUUAUCUUGCCUCAGCAAGAAUCUAUGAUAGACAGUUCUAGCCUGAACUAUCAGAAGUCCUGAAAUGUGCACCAACUGGAGGGAAAAAAGUAUGAGAGAGAUCACAAUGGGAGGUUUAGAUAUGUUUAGCAAGAGUCUAACCCAAGUCCUGCGGGUUUCACGUGGACGGGACUCCUGUACUUGCAAUAAAUUCUCCAACUAACCUAUUAGUGCAAAUGUAAGAAGAACAAGUACACAAAUUGAAGGGAAUGUCCCAGCUGAAGUCUGAAUGUCUGAGAUGCUGAAGUUUGAGCAUAUGUCAUAUAGGUUUUCGUAGGGCAUAAAAUAUCAUAAAUAAUAAUAGUAUAGUUAUAAAUAUUGCCUGGUGAUAAUUAUAAUGUGGAGAGGCAGACAAGUACGGUCAUGGCUCUUAGUGGAGAAAACUUCAUGGGGAAAAUUUGCCAGGGUAAUAUCAGUAAUUAUAGGGUGUGUUCAAAAUAGAGCUCAUGGGGAAAGAUUGGCAGGAUAGGCACUUUCUUAAAUAAAUACCUUUAAUAUAUUGACCAUAAUAGCCGAAAACAAGUCCAAAGCGUUGGUUAAUCUGACUCCUCCAGGCUGAGGACUGGUACCAGGCCAGCGCUGCAGAGGCUCCCGUGGGGCUCAGCACAAGUGCGGGACUCCCAUCGCGGUGGGGGGAGGCCAGAGCGGGGUGCCCGCGGCCUCAGCGCUGGGGAGGGAGCAGCCCCGUCGAGCACCGAGGGCACCACGGCCUCGGCAGAGGGGGGUCCCGCUGGGGAGACCCGCGGACAGCUGCCCACCCCUUCGCUGACCAAGAAAGGUCCUCCCUGUGUCCCGGAGGGGUGGAUGGCAAGGAUCAGAUGAUAGGUCCAAGGGAAAAAAUAAGAUCAUAUUCCUCCCCAGUGUGGAAAUGUGGACCACAUGUGUUAGAAGUUUCUUGAGAAAGCAGAGUUUUAUCUGCAAGAUAAGCGCGUGCAUUUUCGCUCUGUGGAGGCGAGGAAAGCACGGGGGGAGAAGACUGUGUGUGCAGUGCAGGAGAGCAAAGCGCAGACCCAAGGCAAACCCUUCCCGCUGCGGCGCGGUGGCAGACCCGCCGUCUGCCGCACACACAGCCCUCCGACGAUGUCUCUGCGAGGAUGCCCGGUGACGCUCCCCUCCCUGCAGGUUCCCAUCUCCUCCCUCCGCGGCGGCGGCAGCCCGAACUGCAGGCUGCCAUGCCCAGGGCGAUGGGUCCCAUACGCUUUUGCUAGCGACCAUUCUCUUGCUUUCUGACAGGGAUGUGGAUUUUCAGUUGAAGGUUGUGAGCCCCUGGAAGAAUUUUCUUUUCUUAUCCAUCCCCUUCAAUUAUUUUUCCCUUUCCUUGUGUAUCAAAAUAAAUAACAAUUUCCUUUCUCUCUGCAUGAUAGCAAACAUCUAUAAAGAACUCAGGUGAUCCUCACUGCUUGCAGGGCAGAAGGCAAGCAGAUUUCAUAUGGCACAUUAUAAACAUUUGUCACCUCCAAUCUCAAUGGAUUCAUCAAGUUUUCCUCCCCACCCUUCUGCUGUGCUACUUUAGAGUCAUAGAAAACCAUCUCAAACAUACCAGCUUUAUAGCCUCUACAGAGAGGCACAACCUUGCUUCAUCCCUCAUUACUGGCAGGAUCAAAAUGGCAUUUUUAGUGUUUACAGGGACUUAUAUGAGAACUAUAAUGUGACCUACAGGUUGGAGAACUGCCUUGUCCCAACUCUACCUCUGCUUCUGGGCUGGAUGUUGAAAAAACAAUCCAUUUCCAAGGAAAGUAUCAGAUAUCCCAUUUUAUAUCUGAAGUAACCAUAAUCUUUUGCCGAUUUUUUGGAUGACUGUUUGCCACCCUUUUCUUUUCUUUUCCUUCCUUCCUUCCUUCCUUCCUUCCUUCCUUCCUUCCUUCCUUCCUUCCUUCCUUCCUUCCUUCCUUCCUUUUCAUUGCUUGUACAUACCAUCUCCUCUUCCCGUGGUGUGUUGUAUGAUGAUGCCUUAGCUGUUUGUUCCCCCAUAUUCCACCACCUCUGGUGCCAUGGGCACGACGCAGUCGAGCCCUCUGGCACGCGUAACGUUUCUCGUGCCACUGUGGGUUGCUGCUGGUCAAGGGAAGGAAUGCAUAGCCAAUGAUUUCCAGCGAACCCGUUAUAUCUGGCAAAGGCCAAAGUUCAUUAAAGAAAAAUAAAUGUCACUUUUUUUUUUUGUGGAAUGAAUUAUCCUACUGGAGUGUGAUCAUUGUGGUUUUAACCUGGGACCUGCAGUAAAAGAUUAUAUAGCAACCUCUGACCUUUUUGAUUUCUGCUUUGCUCUUCUAUUGUCAAGGGAAAUGUCACCGAUCAGGUGAAAGUAAAAUGUUUAAUGGGCCGUAUCACAGUAAUAUCUUACACUGAGUCAAAUUGAUAAACUCUUGCCAAAAAUUCUUAGCAUCUGGCACUUCCACGGAAACCACAAACAAUGAUUGCACAUAUGGGAGCUUGAAGGCUAGAGGUCAUGACAGCAGUUUAUUACAUGCACCUUACAGUGAUCAUUUUCCCUAGGAAAUUAACCCCUCUCUAACAUAAAUGCAUCAAGUGAGCUCUUCGUGGUGUUUCAAUCAUGUUGUUUUGGCUAAGCAAGGAAUACGUGUUAAGCUAAAGUGGUGACAAGAUGCAAUUAAGUAAAAGAUGAUUGAUUAGGUUUCAGUGUUUGCUCAAUAAUGUUUAAAAAAGAUGAUUGUGAGAUCAGAACGAGCAUGCUCAGUACUAGCUUCCUCAGAGGUCUUUAUUGUGCAGCUACCAGGUCUGCAGUGGUGGCACGUAGAGAUUCCCUGGCAUUCAGAAAUGGUUACUGAGCAGUGUGGCCCUCGAUCCCACUGCCGGGCAGCAGCACGUUUCCCUUGCAUGGUUGACCAUUGAGGGGACAAUGCCUGCCAUGCACUGCUGUUCUCAGUCCCCGUUUACCACGGCACUAUGGAUUAACCCCUGUAUCGUAAGCAGUUAGGGGCUGGGGGUAAAUGUGUUUCACAGUCGUGACAUGGAAGACAAUUAUGUUGCUUCUAAGUGUGGUGGUUGCAAUCACUAAGACUGAAACACCAUCCUAGGCAUUUUGUUCUCUUUUUCUUCUUUAAACUCUGCCAUCAAAAACAUCCAGAUCACUUGGCUCAGUUGCUGCUAACCAUGCCUGAGAUGUGACUCACGUUAGUCUCACGACGGCUGCUGAGUGGAUUUUCCAGACCCACCCCGCACAUGUCGGAUGAAUACUACCAGGUCCUUCGGAGGGGUCAUUGCCGCUCUGUCAGCAGCAACUCAGCCACCCCGCUGCGCCAUCAUUGCAUGGGGAAGGUCCUUCAUGCCGGCAAACCUUCCAGGGAUGAUGUGAACCCACUUACCUCUUCCUACUGUGCUCAGGACUCCCUUCCAUUUCCCUUAAGGAUCAGAAGUAUGUCCCAAGCCACCGCCCCAGUGCCCCAGGGAACCCGGCUCUGUGAUGCUGCUAGGGAUGCUGCAAGCUGGGGUUUGCGAGAGCACCUCUUUGAACCGUUUCGUAAUAAUUCUGGUUGUCCCCAAAAGUCACAAGAAAUUAACAGCAGAAUCCGGGAGGAAGGGAAGGGUUCUCACAAGCCCAGAGCUUGGUCACAGCAGUGAAAGGACAGAGAGGCGACUGAAGCACAUCAAAGCCAUGGGAGCUGGAGCCGCAGCACCCAAAGUCUCAAGUGCUCAGGGUGGUGCUUUACACAGUCCCAUGCCCAAACCACGGCAGGCAUUUCUGACCAGCAGAUGCUGCCUGGGUCCAUCUCCAGCCCACCCUCCUCGCCCCGGUGGCACGGGACGGCCGACCGCUGCACCCACAGCGGCAUGGCCAGGGCUUCAGGCGUCUGUUCUCUCCUGUUAGGAGGGUGCUUGGGUACUUGCUUACCUCUUGGCAGGUACCUAAAGUCUUUUGGCUUUGGUGGGAUUUAAGCACGGUCUUGCUCAUUCGAGGCCUAUCUGACUAAACGGACAACCCCUUGCUCGCCUCAAGGCUGCAGCCCGGGUCCCCUUGGUGCUGCACACCCUGUUUCUGCUCAGCAGUGACUGUGAAGGGACUGCCAGAUACUUUGCAUUGGGAACUCUGUUUUUAAGUGAACACCCUAUUUUUUAGCUGUGUAUGGCUGUAUUACUUGUAUAUUUAUAUAUUCUGUAUUUAUGUUAUCGAAAUGUAGUAUUUUGUAGCUGUCUGUUACAAUUUGUUUAACUUGUAAAAAAUAUGACUAUGCUCUCUCAUACCUAACCAGCUGCCUCUCACCGUAGAUUCUCUGCUCCUUUCCCUCUGUGUUGGUAACAAACCACCAUAAUGUAUGUAGAUCGGAUUUUUUUUUUUUUAAUUUAAUUACUUGUCAUUGUUAAAUUAUUUAUUAGUGUUUUUAAAUUUCAUUUCACUGCAUUUUUUUUCCUGCCACCAUUGCCUGGCAGCUAAGAUAGAUGAGUUUCU